AUGGCUGAGAAGAAAGAAGAGGAGAAAGCAGAGCAAGAUAAGCGAUUAGAAUAUAUUUACGAUUACCUUCUGGUCUCCCGAAAAGUAAAAACGGACAAAUGGAUGAAAAUGUUGUCGAACGCAGACUUUAAGGAGAUAAUUAACAAAUUCUUCGGUACACCGUCGGAGAUGAUCCUCGUGUUGCAUCUGACGCCCAGCGGUCUCCUGGUGCCCUAUCUCGAGAUAACGCAAUCCAAGAAGAAGGUGUCGUACUUCGUGAAGAGAAAAGCUCAAACGGUCACCGAAGUUAAUGUCAGGGAGUUGUUGAUACCUGGCGACAUGGCGCCAAACCCUAUAGAAGAAUUGGCAGUGCUUGUUGAAGACGCAUAUGUACCUAUAUUGUCUAAUCCAAAAAACCACGUUGGAUGGCCGGAAGUCGUACGAAAGGAUGUGAAGAAACAAGUGUACAAUCUUCGUAGCUUGAUAUGGCAGGUAAAAGGAAAAAUAACAGGGCAAAUGUUGCUACCUCUGCCCAUGGGUAUCGAUGAGAUUAUGCAGGAAGAAUUUGAUUCCAAGCCGGAUUCUUACAAGCUUCAAUUGAAAAGCAAUAUAGAAGAAAUUGUAACAAAAUGGGCUGGGCAAAUUAAUGAAAUCCUUAAUGAAGAGUUCUCCCAGUUUUCCAAGGGCGGGGACCAAUUACCCGAAGCUGAAAUGAAUUACUGGAAUAUGAGAUUAAAGAACAUGGAAUCAAUUUACCUUCAAUUGAAGAAUCCAAAAAUAGUCAGGAUGGACGUGUUUUUACAAGAAAUGGCGAGUCCUUAUUCGGAGUACUUUAAGAAUUUGAUAAAGAACGUAACCGCAACAUUAUUAGAGACAAGAGAUAUCUUCCUUUACCUGAAGCCCUUAGAUACGAAUUUCCAAGAGAUCUCUAGCGCUGAAUUCAAGGAUUUAUCAUUGAAAUUCAAAAUAUUGAUACACUGCGUGUGCUUAAUGUGGGCUAACUCAAAGUUUUACUCUAUAGAAAGAGUAAUCACUCUGUUACGAGAAAUUUCGAGCUUGUUAAUUUCUCAAGCAUCGAAAUACAUAAAUCCCUCAACUUUAUUCGAAGGUGAUAUCGAAGAAAACAAAACGAAAAUAGAGGAAGUGAUACCGUUUCUAGAUCUUUAUCAGGAGAUGUUUCGAGCGUUUAAAGAUAAAGUAGAAGGUUAUUUUAAACCACCGGUUGAACCUGUACCCUGGUCCUUUCAUGAGAAAUUAGUUUUGGAAAGGAUUCAUUUGUUUCGAGCGAGACUCAAAGACAUCGAGCUAUUGUUCGACAUAGUACAGGAUUAUUUAAAAUUAGAAAGAAUAGAAAUAGCUGGCCUGAAAGGAAAAUCGUUACUUUCUAUGACAAUUGACAUCUACGACGAGUUUAAAAAAUUGUACAGUCAAUUUGGAGAACUGACCGACAUUGUUUUAAUACCGGAAGAAACACAAUUCUCCGAAAUUUUCCAGGAAUUCUUAAACACAGUGGAGCAGUUCGAUCGACGAUUGGCAAGUAUCUUCGAUCAAGCUUUCGCGGAGUGUCACGAUUUAGAAUCGAUGUUUAAAUUUAUUUGGAUGAUUGGCUCAAUUGCUAACAGACCUAUAAUCAUGGCUCAAUUAUGGCACAAUUACGAAGAUUUAAUCCAAAGAAUAGAUCAACAAUUUAGUGAUAUAAAGAUCAUAUUCGAUGAAAACUUUCAAUCGAGCACAAAUCCGUUACUUUCGAUGGUCAAUGAAUAUUUACCCCCAGUCGCUGCAAAAUUGUGUUCUUUAAUGAAGCUACGUAAAAGGACUAGUUAUCCUAUUCGUAGUAUUAAAUACACUGAUCAUCCUUUAAUUACCGCGAAGAUGGAAAGUGAAAUCAAACCGAAAUACGAACAACUGAUGACUAUCAUUUAUGACAAAGAAGAAGAAAUAUUCAACGCCUGGAUUGAUACACUGCCAGAUAUAUUGGAAACCCAUUUAACGAAGACCCUUCUGAUAGUUCACGAAGACAGAUCAUUGGAAUUGAAUUUUCAUUCAGAACUGAAGACUGUAUUAAGAGAAAUUCGCUAUAUGUUAAUAAUGAAUAGACCAGACCUCCCAGAAGUGGCUACAGAAUUUUAUAACAGAUCACAGUUCUUUUUCAUGAGUACUUAUAAUCUAGGUUUAAUAAUAGAAUGGUACAACAGAAUACGAAGUCAAAGCACUCCUGUUGAAUUCAAUUUAAUCGAAGAAGAAGUUGAAAAUUUAGACACAUUAAUUGACGAGGGCCAAGAAAAAUAUAAUUGGAAUUCCGAAGAGGUUCCGGAAUACAUUGAAAAUUUGUUAACAAUUACUCGAAAAUUACACGCCAGAGUGUUUCGAGCGCAGGAAAAUUUGAAAACCAUCAUGGAUCGGUUGUAUACUUGGGCGAUGAUGCCAGUUCUUUAUCGUAAAGAUGCCAGAGACGAGAACCUACUGGGAAUCGUGGAAAAAGACGAGAAGUUCGAAGAAAGAUACGCAGAAAUUGAAGCGACAACCCAGGAACUCGAACGAAUUUUGAAAGAGAAUUACAAAUUAUUCUUCGACCUGCUUCCGGAUAGCGCUUACGACGUGGAUGAUUCAGACUUAUUCGAGGAGCCGGGCGAAGAGAAGCAGGAAGAAGAAGCAGACGAGGCGACGCCUAAAGAAGGAAUGGAAGAUGAAACUCAAAAGGUUGACGAGGAGGGAGCUGAGGGGGCGGAAUCGCCUGAAGGACAAGAGGAAAUUGAGGAGGAAGAAGUUGACGAAGAAACUUUGGCACUUAGACAAGAAAAAUGGCAGCCUUAUCUUACUUAUGUAGACGACUUAAUUUCCAAAGGUCUUAUUCAGGCAGUAUCUACAAGUAUUUGUUACAUCCUUGAUGAAACUGACCCUGAAGGCGACAUACAUCCAUUAUUUGAAAUACAAUUAUACUUAGAGAACCCCGAAAUUGGUUUCCAACCAUCAGUGAAUAUAAAUGACCCAGAAGGUUUUUACCCCUUUAUGGAGUCACUUUUACUGGACAUGGUGAAGAUGGGUGGUCUUAUCCCACGCGUUGAUCCUCAAUUAGUUGAAGAACGAGAAAAUUACUCGACUGACGUUGCUGAGGAGGAGGGCAUCGUAUUUAUGCUUGAAGAAAUUUGUAAUCGAGUGAAAUUUGCUCUGACAGAAAUGAAGGAGCACGCCGAGGUAUCACAUAGGUAUACACUACUUCUGAUUUCCAUGUUUAUUAAAAUUAACUGUUUCCAGAAAUACGAGUCCUUCUCUUGGUUGUGGCUGGAUGAUAGACAAGAAUAUUUAUCGUACUACUUACAAUUCUCUCAAUACGUAAAUCCUGAAGUAAGGCAGGCUAUCAAGGACCAUCCAGAGUACCUUCCAGAAAAUAUGAAACUAAAGAAACCAGACCUGGCGGAUUUCAAACGCGAAAUCGAUUACUUCGUGGAACUAUACAAUCAAUGCGAUCAUAUGCCGAACGAAGAGAUCUUUAGCCGAUGGCUGAGGCUCGAUUUAAAGCCCUUCAAACAGGCUCUUUUGAACACUAUUUGCAAGUGGUCCAAUGUGCUCAAAGAACAUUUGGUCAAUAAGAUUACCACUCAACUGGAAGAUUUAUCAGAAUUCUUAAAAGCUGCGAUGGAGAACUUUUCAAAACCGAUUCACGAAGACGAUUACGAAGCGCUUUUGGAGACAAUUUAUUAUUUGAAAGAAGUCAGAGAUCGUCAGUUUGAAAUUGAGGAUAUGUUCGAUCCUAUCAAUAAAACGAUAGAACUCCUGCAGCAGUAUCAAGUAUUCCUGGAUAACAAGAUUUUCGAGUGGCUAGAAGAGUUACCCCUCGCUUGGGAAUCAUUGAAGAAGGUAGCUGCUCAAGUGAAGCAAAUUGUUCAGCCUUUAAUGACCCAUCAAAUCGAUCUGCUGAAGAAAAGGCUGAGUUAUUACGACUUUAAGCAACAACAAUUCUUAGACGAAUUUCAUAGCAAGGAUGUGUUCAACACUGAUUGCUCGAAUCCUUACGAAGAACUGAAUAAAAUACACGAGAAGCUUCUUCAGUUCCUAAGUGAAGAACAGGCCUUGUACGAUCAGAGUGUGAUCUUCGAGCAAGAGACGCCUGAGUUUAAGGUGACCAAACUGAUAAAGAAGGAAAUGCAGAAUUUGAAAACUGUGUGGGAUUACGUGAACGUGAUUGGAACCAGUUUAAACGAAUGGAAGAAGACCACGUGGAAGAAACUGGACAUAGACUGGAUGGAUCAGGAAUGCAAGAAGCUUCUUAGAGAACUGAGACAACUGGACAAAGAUGUACGUCCAUGGGAAUUGUACAACAGCCUCGAGGCCCAAGUGAAGAACAUGAUGGCGUCAUUAAGAGCAGUCUCAGAACUGCAGAACCCAGCAAUUAGAGACAGGCAUUGGAGGGAAUUAAUGGCUGAGACACGAGUAGCGUUUAUCAUGACCGACAAUACUACGUUGGAAGAUUUAUUGAAACUACAAUUGCACAAAUUUGAGGAGGAAGUUAAAAACAUUGUUGCUAAAUCUGUCAAAGAAAUGGCGAUGGAGAAAGUGUUGAAGGAGCUCCAUGAUACUUGGAGUAAUUUGGAAUUUGGCAAAGAGAUACACGAUCGUACUAAAUUGAAUGUUCUUAAGAUCGAUGAAGAAACCAUAGAAAUCCUAGAAGAAAAUCAGGUGCAACUACAAAAUAUGUUGGGUUCGAAGUUCGUGGGAUAUUUUCUCGAAGAGAUUCUUGAUUGGCAAAAGAAAUUAAGCAACGCAGACGCAGUGAUUAACGCCUGGUUCGAAGUUCAGCGAGCCUGGAUGCAUCUCGAGAGUAUAUUCAUCGGUUCUGAAGAUAUCAGAAGUCAACUUCCGGAAGACUCGAAGCGGUUCGAAAAAAUUGACAGAGACUUCAAAGAACUUCUGAGAGAAAUGUCGAGCAAUUUAAAUAUCAUUAAAGCAACGAAUCGUCCGAAGCUCCUGGAAAAGCUGGAAGAAUUGCUAGUUCAGUUAAACGUCUGCGAAAAAGCUUUGGCGGAUUACUUGGAAACGAAAAGAUUAAUUUAUCCAAGAUUUUACUUUAUCUCUGCGACUGAUCUUCUGGACAUUUUAAGCAACGGAAACAACCCUGAAUUAGUCUGCAAACAUUUGGCGAAAUUGUACGAUUCCAUAGCGAAGUUAGUAUGGAAAAUGGAUGGUUCGAAACCAACGAAACUCGCCACUGCAAUGAUUGCCAAGGAUGGUGAACACAUGGCUAUUUAUGGAAGUUGCGACUGCAGUGGAAAGGUAGAAGUCUGGUUGAAUCACGUGACGGAUGCAAUGAAGAAAUCAGUAAGGUAUCACGUCUCUCAAGCGGUAGCCACUUACGACGAGAAGCCACGAGAGCAAUGGAUCUUCGACCACCAAGCUCAGCCUGCUCUUUGCGGAACUCAGAUUUGGUGGACCACCGAGGUGAACAUGGCUUUCAUGAGACUCGAGGAGGGCUUCGAAAAUGCUUUUAAAGAUUAUCAAAGGAAACAAAUUAAUCAACUGAAUGCUCUGAUUACGAUACUUUGUGGAGAGCUCGAUGAGAGCGAUAGAAGGAAGAUCAUGACUAUUUGUACAAUAGACGUGCACGCUAGGGACGUUGUUGCAAAAAUGAUCGCGAUGAAGGCAGAGAAUUCUUCCAGUUUUCAGUGGCAGUCGCAACUCAGACAUAGGUGGGACGACAAAGUUGGUGAUUGUUACGCAGACAUUUGUGAUGCUUUCUUCAAAUACGAUUACGAAUACUUGGGAAAUGUUCCUCGACUGGUGAUAACACCGUUGACCGACAGAUGUUACAUUACUCUAACGCAAUCCUUGCAUCUUAUAAUGGGAGGAGCACCUGCUGGUCCCGCAGGAACCGGAAAAACGGAAACCACAAAGGAUCUAGGCCGAGCCUUGGGUCAGAUGGUUUAUGUGUUCAACUGUUCCGAACAGAUGGACUAUAAGUCCUGUGGAAAUAUUUACAAGGGUCUUGCACAAGUGGGAGCGUGGGGCUGCUUUGACGAAUUCAACCGUAUAUCCGUGGAAGUACUUUCAGUGGUGGCUGUACAAGUAAAAUCAGUAUUGGAUGGCGUGAAGAGCCGUAAACCGACGUUUCUAUUCUUUGGCGAGGAACUUAAUCUUGUACCUACCGUUGGAAUGUUCAUAACUAUGAAUCCUGGUUACGCCGGAAGAACCGAGUUGCCGGAGAAUUUGAAAACUUUGUUUCGGCCUUGCGCGAUGGUGGUCCCGGACUUUGACCUUAUUUGCGAGAUAAUGCUGGUAGCGGAAGGUUUCCAAGAAGCUAGAUUAUUAGCAAGGAAGUUUAUAACGCUUUACCAACUUUGCCGAGAACUUUUAUCGAAACAGGAUCACUACGACUGGGGUCUGAGAGCGAUCAAAUCGGUUCUCGUGGUAGCUGGAAAAUUGAAGAGAGACGAUCCUCAAAGACCAGAGGAACAAGUACUGAUGCGAGCCCUCAGGGAUUUUAAUAUCCCGAAAAUCGUUACGGACGACGUGCCAGUUUUUAUGGGACUGAUUGGUGAUUUGUUCCCUGCUUUGGAUGUACCUAGAAAAAGGGAUUUUGAUUUUGAGAAAACAGUUAGAGAUUCUGCUGUGGAUUUGAAAUUACAACCAGAAGAUGGAUUUAUAUUGAAGAUUGUUCAAUUAGAAGAAUUACUUUAUGUUCGCCAUUCGGUUUUCAUCGUUGGAUUCGCUGGAACAGGGAAAACUCAAGUUUGGAAGACGCUAAAUCGAACCUAUUUUAACCAAAAAUUGAAGCCGUAUUAUAAUGAUUUGAAUCCUAAAGCUGUGACCACUGAUGAACUUUUUGGAGUUAUUAACCCGGCGACUCGAGAAUGGAAGGACGGGCUAUUUUCAGUUAUAAUGAGAGAUCAAGCAAACAUGACAGGAAACGAUCCAAAGUGGAUUAUUUUUGAUGGUGACAUUGAUCCAAUGUGGAUCGAAUCAUUAAACACCGUGAUGGACGACAACAAAGUACUAACAUUGGCUAGCAAUGAAAGAAUUGCCUUAACUGAUCACAUGAGACUUCUAUUUGAAAUUUCGAACCUUAGAACAGCCACUCCAGCUACUGUUUCCAGAGCAGGAAUUCUUUACAUAAAUCCACAAGAUAUUGGCUGGUAUCCAUUUGCAAUCAGUUGGAUAGAGACAAGAGAUGGACCUGAGAGGGCGAAUUUAACCAUUCUCUUUGAUAAAUAUGUUCCAACACUGGUGGAAGUGAUGAAGAACAAAUUUAAAAAAAUUACACCCUUACCAGACAUUUGUCACGUGGAGAUGUUGUGCAAUUUAUUGGAUUACUUUUUGACGAAAGAAAACGUACCCCCAGAUUGCCCCAAAGAAUGGUACGAACUGUAUUUUGCAUUUUCCUGUAUCUGGGCAUUUGGAUCGGCGACUUUUCAAGAUCAGUUGAUCGAUUGGCGAAACGAAUUCAACAAGUGGUGGCUAAACGAGUUUAAAACAGUGAAAUUCCCAGCCGGCGGUAAUGUGUUUAAUUAUUUCAUUGAAAACGAAACGAAGAAGUUAAUUUCGUGGACCGAUAUUGUGAAACCUUUCGAAUUGGAUACCGACAUACCGCUUCAGUCUGCUUUGGUGCCGACUGGUGAAACGAUAUGCCUUCACUUCUUCCUGGAUGUUUUCAUUAAGGAAAAGGUACCGGUGAUGUUGAUAGGUGCUGCAGGUUCAGGGAAAAGCGUGAUCGUUGCUGAAAAAUUAGGCUCCCUUCCGGAUGACUACAAUAUCGCCGGCGUGCCUCUUAAUUAUUACACCACAUCUGAAAUGUUACAAAGGAUUAUGGAGAAACACUUGGAGAAGAAAACUGGCAGGAACUAUGGACCGCCAGGAUUAAAAAAGUUGAUCUAUUUCAUUGAUGAUAUGAAUAUGCCUGAAGUAGAUACUUAUGGAACUGUUCAGCCUCAUACGCUUAUCAGACAACACGUGGAUUACAAUCACUGGUACGACAGAAUAAAAUUAUCUCUGAAGGAAAUUCACAACACUCAGUAUGUUUCCUGUAUGAAUCCCACAGCAGGGAGUUUUACAAUUGAUCCUCGUUUGCAAAGACACUUUGCCGUUUUUGCAGUUAACUUUCCAACCCAGGAGAAUCUAGUAAUGAUCUACAGCCAAAUGUUGGAUCAACAUUUAACAAAUCCUCUGAAUAAAUUUAAUUUAGCGCUAACAAAAAUUGCAGAGCCACUGUUAAAUGCAGCACUGCAAUGCCACAAAAAAAUUUCAACCACAUUUUUACCAACUGCAAUCAAAUUUCAUUAUGUAUUUAAUCUACGUGAUCUUUCAAAUAUUUUUCAAGGUAUUUUAUUUGCCAAUGGGGAAACUGUUUUAACUCCUAAUCAACUGGUAAGGUUGUAUGUUCACGAAGCGACCAGAGUGUAUGCUGAUAAACUAGUCAAUAUGGAAGACGAAAAAACAUUUGACCAAUUGUUAAAGGAAUCGCUUCGUAAAAAUAUUCCUGACCUAGAGGAGAAUAUUGUAUUUGCAGAACCGAUCAUAUAUUGCCAUUUUGCUGAGGGAAUUGGUGAAUCAAAAUACAUGCCUAUAAAAGACUGGCAACAAUUGAAUAAAUUACUGGACGAAGCUUUGGUUAAUUAUAACGAACUGGUGUCUGCAAUGAAUUUAGUAUUAUUCGACGACGCCAUGUACCACGUUUGUCAAAUAAACCGAAUUUUAGAAUCACCCAGAGGAAAUGCAUUGUUGGUGGGUGUCGGAGGAAGCGGAAAGCAAUCUCUUUCUUCUCUCGCAUCUUUCAUUUCGAGUUUAGAGGUAUUUCAAAUACAAUUAAAAACCGGAUAUUCUUUGGAGGAUUUAAGAACCGACCUAGCAGGUUUAUACAGCAAGUCUGGCUUGAAAAGCAUCGGAAUUACUUUCCUGAUGACGGAUUCUCACGUUGCUGAUGAAAGAUUCUUGGUGCUUAUAAACGACAUGCUUGCCUUUGGUGAAAUUUCAGAAUUAUUUGCCGACGAGGAGGUGGAUAAUAUUGUAAAUGCUGUGAGAAACGAGGUAAAACAAACUGGUAUGAUGGACACGAAAGAAAAUUGUUGGAAAUUCUUCAUAGACCGAGUUCGAAAUCGACUAAAAUGUGUUCUUUGCUUUUCUCCUGUUGGAACAACUUUAAGAAAUCGAGCCAGACAAUUUCCAGCUAUCGUUAACAACACUUCGAUCAAUUGGUUUCAAAGUUGGCCCCAGGAAGCUUUACGAUCUGUUUCUAGCAGAUUUUUAGGAGAAUUAGAGGAUCUUCCAAAACAGCUUAAAGAAUCAGCAUCUCUGUUCAUGUCGUUCGCGCAUACAAGCGUCAACGACAUUUCCUCGCAGUACCUCCAGAGCGAAAAAAGAUACAAUUACACGACUCCAAAAUCAUUUUUGGAACAAAUUGCGUUAUAUUCAAAGUUACUAGUGGAAAGAACCUACGAUGUGAUAGCAACGAUAGAAAGGUUAAAGAAUGGUUUAGAGAAAUUAGAAAGCUGUGCUGGACAAGUAAGCGAAUUAAGAGUUAUCUUAGCGGUUCAGGAAGGGGAACUGAAAAAGAAGAACGAGAUUGCAGACAAAAUCCUUGCCGAAGUUCGGGCAGAGAAUACGAAAGCCGAAGGGGAAAAAGCAUUUGUGUCGGAAGAGGAAGGAAAAGUAGCGGAAAUAAAGGAAAGGGUGGCAGAAAGACAGAAACGUUGCGACGAAGAUUUAGCAAGAGCAGAGCCUGCAGUUCGUCAAGCCGAAGCUGCACUCGACACUUUAAACAAGAAUAACUUGACUGAAUUAAAAUCGUUUGGAACACCACCGGCGCAAGUAGCAAUGGUGGUUGAAGCAGUUCUGGUCUUAUUUGCCCCAAAAGGGCAGAUUCCAAAGGAUAGAAGUUGGAAAGCGUGUAAAGCGAUGAUGGGUCACACUGACACUUUUCUUUCUCAGCUUCGAAAUUAUGAUAAAGAAAAUAUUCAUGCUGAGAUUGUUAGAGCAAUUCAACCUUACAUCAACCAGAAAGAAUUUGAUCCAGAAAUUAUUUAUUCAAAAUCGCAAGCAGCAGCAGGACUCUGUAGCUGGGUAAAAAAUAUAAUGGUCUUUCAUUAUAUUAACGAUGCUGUAAAGCCAUUAAGAGCUGCACUUGCCCAAGCUAAUGCGGAGCUAAAAGCUGCUAUGGAUCGCUUGAACUCUUUAAGAGCAAGGCUAGAGGAGUUGCAAAAAGUGCUCGAUGUCUUGGGUGACAAAAUGAACGCAGCCUUAGCUGAGAAACAAAAGUGUCAGGACGAAGCUGACGCCACUGCGUUGACGAUCGAUCUUGCAAAUAGAUUAGUAAAUGGUUUAGCGUCAGAAAAGAUUAGAUGGACCGAGACAGUGGAAACGCUGACGAAUUCGAAGGUCACGAUACCCGGUGAUGUACUUCUUGUAACAGCAUUUUUAUCAUACAUGGGAUGCUUCACCCGAAAGUAUAGAACCGAUUUAAUGUACGAAAAGUGGAUUCCAUUUCUGAACGAUCUGGACGUGAAAAUUCCGAGGACCGAAGGUUUGGAUAUCCUAAGUUUACUGUCGGACGAUGCGCAAAUCGCACAAUGGAACAACGAAGGUUUGCCAACCGAUCGAAUGUCUUCUGAGAACGCGACAAUUUUAAUGAACUCAUCGAGAUGGCCGUUGAUGAUAGAUCCACAAUUACAAGGAAUAAAAUGGAUCAAAAAUCGAUACGGGGAAGACUUACGAGUCCUUAGGCUUACUCAACCAAAUUACUUGAACAAAAUUGAAAUCUCUAUUUCAAACGGAGAAACUGUAUUGAUUGAAAAUAUCAUGGAAUCGAUCGAUCCUGUUUUAGAUCCUGUCAUUAAAAGGGACUUAAUCAAGAAAGGAAGAGCAAUCAAAAUUUGGGACAAAGAAGUAGAUUACGAUCAUCGUUUCCGAUUGAUUCUACAAACGAAACUGGGCAAUCCUCAUUAUAAACCAGAGAUACAAGCUCAAACGACCCUUAUCAAUUUCACCGUGACUAAAGAUGGCUUGGAAGAACAACUUUUGGGAGAUGUUGUAAAAGCUGAAAGACCUGAUUUAGAAAGUAAGAAAGCCGAGUUGACGACUCAACAAAAUACGUUUAAAAUUACGCUUAAAACUCUGGAGGAUGAUCUUUUACACAGAUUGUCAGCCGCUGGACCGAACAUUUUAAGCGACGUCGAUCUCGUGAUAAAUCUCGAGACUACAAAAAAGACUGCUGCAGAAAUACAGAUAAAAGUGGUUGAAGCUAAAAUAACGUCUGUAAAGAUAGACGAAGCUCGAGAACUUUAUCGCCCUGUCUCGUCUAGAGCCAGUCUUCUCUACUUUGUUCUAAACGAUCUGAACAAAAUAAACAUGCUCUACCAAUUCUCCUUGAAGGCUUUCAGCGUGGUGUUUCAAAAUGCCAUCAAAUUUGCGGAAGCUGCAGACACGCUACCAAAACGUGUCGCGUUUCUGAUCGACAGCAUCACCCACUUGGUUUUCAUUUACACCAGCAGAGGAUUGUUUGAAAACGAUAAAUUAACGUUUCUUUGCGAAAUGGCCAUUCAGAUUUGUAUACAAGCGGAAGAAAUAUCGCAGGAAGAACUCGAUUUUCUAUUGCAAUUCCCCUACGUUCCCGACUUAACUAGCCCGGUAGACUUCCUAUCGAACGUUAGUUGGGGUGGAAUUAAACAUUUAAGUCAAAUGCAGGAUUUUGCAAAUUUAGAAAAGGAUAUAGAGGGUGCUGAGAAAAGAUGGAAGAAAUUCGUGGAGUCAGAAACACCUGAACGAGAAAGUUUUCCUCAAGAUUGGAAGAACAAAACUGCUUUUCAAAGAUUGUGCAUUAUGAGAUGCCUCAGGCUAGAUCGAAUGACAUACGCAAUUAAGUUGGUUUACUUAAUGUUUGCUUAUUUGUUUACAAAAAGUCAGAAUUCCCAAAAUUCCAUACUUUUAUUCAGGUGUUUUGUAGAAGAGAAAUUGGGUUCAAAGUUUGUAGAAUCUAGAUCUCCUCCUUUCCAUAAAUCCUUCGAAGAAACUAGCUCGUUCACGCCUGUGUUUUUCAUCUUGUCACCCGGUGUCGAUCCUUUGAAGGACGUAGAGAAACUUGGAAAACAAUUGGGUUUCACUUUUGAAGGAAGAAAUUUCCAUAAUGUAUCGCUGGGUCAGGGUCAAGAACCCGUAGCCGAAGAAGCGAUGGAAAUUUCAGCGAACGAAGGUCACUGGGUCAUACUGCAAAAUAUUCACUUGGUAAAAAGGUGGUUGCCCACGUUGGAGAAAAAAAUGGAGCAACUUUUUGAAAAUCCUCACGAAAACUACCGAUUGUUCAUUAGCGCUGAACCCAGUCCGGAUCCCCACGAAUCACUUAUACCUCAAGGUAUAUUAGAAUCUGCUAUAAAAAUCACAAACGAACCGCCAUCGGGCAUUCAAGCGAAUAUUCACAAAGCAUUGGACAAUUUUACUCAAGAAACCCUUGAUUCCUGCAGCAAGGAAACUGAAUUCAGAGCGAUACUAUUUGCACUUUGUUAUUAUCACGCUGUAGUUGCAGAACGUAGGAAAUUUGGAGCACAAGGAUGGAACAGAUCGUACCCAUUCAACUUUGGCGACCUGACGAUCAGCGUGUCCGUGCUAUUCAAUUAUUUAGAAAACAGUCUCAAAGUACCUUGGGAGGAUCUUCGUUAUUUAUUUGGAGAAAUAAUGUACGGAGGCCAUAUUACUGAUGAUUGGGACAGAAGAUUAUGUAGAACAUACUUGAUAGAAUAUUUAAAACAAGAAUUAGUUGAGGGUGAAUUGUAUAUUGCACCUGAGUUUUUGGUACCACCUAACAGUGAUUAUUUAGCAUAUCACAAAUACGUUGAUGAUUAUUUGCCCGCCGAAAGCCCUGUUCUCUACGGACUUCACCCUAACGCAGAAAUAGGUUUCUUAACACAAACCGCAGACAACUUAUUCAAAACGUUAUUGGAAAUACUGGCAAGGAGCACAAGUGAUGCUUCAGCUGGUGAAAUGACAAGGGAAGAUAAGCUCAAAGGAAUUAUAGAAGAUUUACUGGAUAAAUUACCCGAAGAAUUUAAUAUACAAGAACUUUAUAACAAGGUCGAGGAUCGCACACCGUUUAUUACGGUUGCUUUGCAAGAAUGUGAGCGGAUGAAUUCGUUGUGCGACGAAUUAAAAAGAUCUUUACACGAAUUGGAAUUAGGCUUGAAAGGAGAAUUAACGAUCAACGCUGAAAUGGAGGAUCUACAAAAUUAUAUACUGAUAGAUACCGUUCCACCGAGUUGGACAAAGAGAGCGUAUCCUUCGAGUUUAGGAUUAAACAGUUGGUUUGCCGACAUGUUAAACAGAAUAUCCGAGUUAUCCAACUGGACUGCAGAUUUUAAUUUACCUCCAUCAAUAUGGCUAGGUGGCUUUUUCAGUCCUCAAUCACUUUUGACUGCAAUUAUGCAACAAGCUGCCCGGAGAAACGAAUGGCCACUAGAUAAAAUGUGUUUACACUGUGAAGUAAUGAGAAAAUAUAAAGAAGAAGUUACAUCGGCACCAAGGGAAGGUGCGUACAUAAAUGGACUGUACAUGGAAGGUGCGCGGUGGGACGUUCAGGCAGGAUGUAUCAUGGACUCUCGGUUCAAGGACUUAUUUCCAAUAAUGCCAGUAAUGUAUAUUAGAGCGAUUACGCAAGAUAAACAGGAUCUUAAAAAUAUAUACGAGUGUCCUGUGUAUAAAACACGAUCUCGAGGUCCCACCUACGUUUGGACGUUUAACCUGAGAACAAAAGAGAAGGCUAGCAAAUGGAUCCUUGCUGGUGUAGCAAUUUUACUACAAAUUUAAUUAUAUUGCACGCACAUUGCAUGUCUUACUUACGUCAUUAAAUUAAUUUUC